AUGGCAAUUGUUGAAUUAAUUGAAGAAGUUAAAAAUGAAAGGGAAGAAUUGAAAGAGAUGGAUGAUGAGGAAUUUAAAAAAAGAAGGGAAGAAUCAAUUAUUAACGAAGCAAAACUCAAAAAUGAGAAAGAAUUGAAAAAAGAUUUGAAAUGGAUAAAAAGUGAACGGCAGAGAUUAUACCAAGAAGAAUGUAUAGAGUUAAAUAACAAAUAUAGAGGGGCAGAAAUAGAAAACAGAAUGUCGAAAAUAUCGAAUGGAUUAAGUCAUAUAAAAUACAGAAGUGAUAUUAAAUUAGAGGAAGAUAUGAAAAAGACUAGUAACGAAAAGAAGAAUUUAUUGGAAGAAAAAAUAGAAAAGAUAAAAAUCGAAAGCAAUAAAUUAUUUGAAAAAGGGCCGUUAAACCUUGAAAAAGAACGUGUAAAAAUGUUGGAAAAAUAUGACGAUUUUAUUAUUGAAUUAAAAGAAAGAUGGUGA